AGCCCCGAGAGGGGGUAUGUGCCAACAUUCCCACUCUCUCCCACUCUGGUUCGGGGCCUGCCUCCUCUGCCCCUCCCCUGAUGCCCUUCUCUCUUUAGCUGGUCCUCACAGCGCUCUCUUCUCCCACAGACCACACCGCCCUCCAGAAACCAUGGGUGUUGCUAGACCCAGCUGGGAUUCUGCCAAGCUCUGGUGCUCAGUCUAAGACAAGGGCUGCCUCCCAGCCCGGCUCGCCCAGCCUGUCAUGGCCACACGCCGAUGCCUCCCGCUUGUGUGGGGACACAGGGCACCCAGCCCCAGCCCUGAAAGGUUAAGCCAGGCCUUCUGGCUCCAUUCCACAGGGACACUGCAGGCCCCAGGCUUCUUUCAGAGCAAGAGCAACUGAUGCCAUGGGAGAAGCCCCUACCCACCUGUCUACUUGCCUGGCACUGCUUGUUCUGAGACCCAUGCCCUGGGUCCUUCUGCAGGUGCCAACCCUGUGAGUUCUCCCCAUCCCCUGACCUGACGCUGAGAAGGCUCUGUCCAUCCCCAUCAUGUGUGAGGUGAUGCCCACAAUCAAUGAGGGGGACCCCCUGGGGCCUCCCCACGGAGCCGAUGCCGACGCCAACUUUGAGCAGCUGAUGGUGAACAUGCUGGACGAGCGAGAGAAGUUGCUGGAGUCCCUUCGGGAGAGUCAGGAAACUUUGGUAGCCACACAGAGCCGGCUCCAGGAUGCCCUUCACGAGCGAGACCAGCUCCAGCGCCACCUGAACUCUGCCCUUCCCCAGGAAUUUGCCACGUUAACUCGGGAGCUCAGCAUGUGUCGGGAACAGCUUCUGGAGCGGGAGGAAGAGAUAUCUGAGCUGAAAGCAGAGCGAAAUAAUACAAGGCUGCUUCUGGAACAUCUGGAAUGCCUGGUAUCCCGCCAUGAGCGGUCAUUGCGGAUGACGGUCGUAAAGCGCCAGGCCCAGUCACCUUCGGGUGUCUCCAGCGAGGUGGAAGUGCUGAAGGCUCUCAAGUCGCUAUUUGAGCACCACAAGGCGCUGGAUGAGAAGGUUCGAGAACGGCUCCGGGCAGCACUAGAGCGUGUUACCACCUUGGAGGAGCAGCUGGCAGGAGCUCACCAGCAGGUGUCUGCCCUGCAGCAGGGGGCAGGGGUUCGCGAAGGAGUGGCGGAAGAGGAAGGAACCAUGGAGCUGGGACCAAAACGCAUGUGGAAAGACGACACCGGCCGGGUGGAAGAGCUGCAAGGACUCCUGGAGAAGCAAAACUAUGAGUUGAGCCAGGCCCGCGAGCGACUCGUCACCCUGAGCGCCACUGUGACGGAACUUGAGGAGGACCUGGGCACAGCCCGCCGAGACCUCAUCAAGUCCGAGGAGCUGAGCGGCAAGCAUCAGCGGGACCUCCGAGAGGCUCUCGCUCAGAAGGAGGACAUGGAAGAGCGAAUCACCACCCUGGAGAAGCGCUACUUGGCUGCUCAGCGAGAAGCCACAUCCAUCCAUGACCUCAAUGACAAACUAGAGAAUGAGCUGGCCAACAAGGAGUCCCUGCACCGCCAGGUAACUCUUGCGUUCUUCUUUCCCCGACUCUGUCGCCCUCUUUACCCCCCCCCCCUGACUUCCACUCUUCCCUCUCUGCCCCUCCCCGGCCCCGUCCUACCCUGGGUCUGCCUGGCACAGGGCCGCCUGUCUGAAGAGAUUGAGAAGCUGCGACAAGAGCUGGACCAGCUGAAGGGCCGAGGGGGGCCAUUUGUGGAUGGCAUCCACUCCAGGUCCCACGUGGGCAGCGCAUCAGAUGUGCGGUUCUCUCUGAGUACAGCCACACACGCACCCCCAGGCCUGCAUCGGCGCUAUACGGUGCUGAGGGAUGAGUCUGCCAAGGACUGGAAGCCAUCACCUCUGCCAGGGGUGUUGGCCACCGCCACCCCUGCCUUUGACAGUGACCCUGAGAUCUCUGAUGUGGACGAGGACGAACCUGGGGGCUUGGUGGGCUCUCAAGUUGAUGUCUCACCUGGUGGCCACUCUGAUGCCCAGACCCUGGCCAUGAUGCUGCAGGAGCAGCUGGAUGCCAUCAACCAGGAGAUCAGGAUGAUCCAGGAGGAGAAGGAGUCCACCGAGCUUCGUGCUGAGGAAAUCGAGACCCGUGUGACCAGCGGCAGCAUGGAGGCCCUCAACCUGACACAGCUGCGCAAGCGCGGCUCCAUCCCCACCUCUCUGACCGCCCUGUCCUUGGCCAGCGCAUCGCCUCCGCUCAGUGGCCGCUCCACACCCAAGCUCACUUCUCGAAGUGCUGCCCAGGAUCUGGACCGAAUGGGGGUCAUGACCCUGCCCAGCGACCUAAGAAAACAUAGGAGGAAGCUGCUGUCGCCAGUGUCUCGGGAAGAGAACCGAGAGGAUAAAGCCACCAUAAAAUGUGAGACUUCUCCUCCUUCCUCACCCAGGACGCUGCGGCUAGAGAAGCUUGGCCACCCAGCCCUGAGUCAAGAAGAAGGCAAGAGUGCCUUGGAGGGUCAGGACAGCAACCCCAGCAGCAGCAACAGCAGCCAGGAACCCCUGCACAAGGGUGCCAAGCGCAAGGGCAUCAAGUCCUCCAUUGGCCGCCUGUUUGGGAAGAAGGAGAAGGGCAGGCUGAUCCAGCUGAGUCGGGAUGCUACAGGCCAUGUUCUGCUGGCAGACUCGGAGCUCAGUCUGCAGGAACCAAUGGUACCUGCCAAGCUGGGGACCCAGGCAGAGAAGGACCGGCGGCUGAAAAAGAAACACCAGCUGCUUGAAGAUGCUCGCCGAAAAGGAAUGCCCUUUGCUCAAUGGGAUGGCCCCACGGUGGUCUCCUGGCUGGAGCUCUGGGUGGGCAUGCCGGCCUGGUACGUGGCGGCCUGCCGGGCCAAUGUCAAGAGCGGCGCCAUCAUGUCCGCCCUGUCGGACACGGAGAUCCAGCGGGAAAUCGGCAUCAGCAACGCCCUGCACCGGCUCAAGCUCCGCUUGGCCAUCCAGGAGAUGGUGUCACUGACUAGCCCCUCAGCCCCACCUACCUCCAGGACUUCUUCAGGGAAUGUCUGGGUGACCCAUGAAGAGAUGGAAACUCUGGCAACAUCUACCAAAACAACCCUGGCCUAUGGAGACAUGAAUCACGAAUGGAUUGGAAAUGAAUGGCUGCCCAGCCUGGGACUCCCUCAGUACCGCAGUUACUUCAUGGAGUGCCUGGUGGACGCGCGCAUGCUGGACCACCUCACCAAGAAGGACCUGCGGGUCCACCUCAAGAUGGUGGACAGCUUUCAUCGAACCAGUCUUCAGUAUGGCAUCAUGUGUCUGAAGAGGCUGAAUUAUGACCGGAAGGAGCUGGAGAAGAGGCGAGAGGAGAGCCAGCAUGAGAUCAAGGAUGUGCUGGUCUGGACCAAUGACCAGGUGGUUCACUGGGUCCAGUCUAUUGGGUUAAGGGACUAUGCAGGAAACCUACAUGAGAGUGGUGUGCAUGGUGCUCUGCUGGCCCUGGAUGAGAACUUCGAUCACAACACCCUGGCCUUGGUUCUGCAAAUUCCCACACAGAACACCCAGGCCCGUCAAGUGAUGGAGAGAGAGUUCAAUAACCUGUUGGCCUUGGGCACAGACAGGAAGUUGGAUGACGGGGAAGAGAAGGUGUUCCGUCGAGCACCCUCCUGGAGGAAACGCUUCCGGCCCCGGGAUCACCACAGUGGGGGCAUGCUGGGCACCUCGGCAGAGACCCUCCCGGUGGGCUUCCGUGUGUCCACGCUGGGCCCGCUGCAGCCCCCACCCGCCCCGCCCAAGAAGAUCAUGCCGGAAGCUCACUCCCACUAUCUCUACGGACACAUGCUCUCCGCCUUCCGGGACUAGCCGCGGCCCCCAGGCUGGGUGUCCUGGUUUCGCAGGCUCAGCCGGCCCUGACCCCUCCUGCUUGUUCCCUUUCUCCCUUGGCUCCCAGUCUCUCCUCUGUGACUUUCCAGUUGCCCGGGAUCUCAGAAUAUGCUCAUCCACUCCUUUGGCAUCCCACUACCCGAGUCCUACUUCGUGCCCCUUUUGUAAGUCUCUGGUGGAUGUGGCCAAGGUCUCCUGUGUGUGGCGGCACCCAGGUUGUUGGUGCUUGGGAUUCUGUGGGAGGGACGGAAGGGCAGCACUGAGUGAGCGUGUUACCACUUACUUAUGGGUUCAUCAGGCUCACGAUCCCAAGCCAAGGACUGAGAUGGCCCUUCCAAUAAAAGGCCGUUUCGGACUCCGUCCUGCUUGGACUAAUUGGCCUUUGGUCCCCUCCACUCUGGCUGUGCCGGAUGGUCUGAGUGGUUUUGGUAUCCCUUUUCACAGUAUCGCCCCCUCUUCCCCAAACCUGGUCACCAGUGUCUGUAGCUCCUGCCUCCAAGUCUUGCUUGGGGGCCAUGAGGGGUGUAGAAUACCCGAGCCCCUCCAGGGCAAGCCAGGAGGGGAACUGAGGAAGACGAAGGUACAAACUCUGAGCCCAAGCUGAUGACACAUCCCAAAUAUGUGGGAGAAACGGACCCGGAGCUUUGGGCCAAGGGUGAGGGCAAGGCAAAGUCUUCAGCUCCUUGCUCAGUAGGAGGUCCAGUCAGGUAAACUAGGAGAGGGGAUGGUGGCCUUACUACCUAAGCGCAAAGGGCACUGGGAACGCUCCAGCCCCAGCCACAAGCAGAGCUGCUACCGGACUGAAUGGAUCAGAUUGUGAACUGUUGGCUCUGCUCUGAAAGGGAGGAGGGGGAGGUUUCCAUGUCCCAGGUCCAGGAUAUCUAAUGUGGCCUGAGGCAGUCUCCCUUUCGUGUCCUUAUGCCCCCCAGUCCUCCUUUAGGAUUCUUUUGGGGUCAGCUAUCUAUUCAAGAAAUUCUUGAUCUCCUCCCUCUCCACGAUUUUAGAUGCUUUUCUGGCAGUGUGGUGGGGCAGGAUAGAUUUAUGAGGAAUGUCAAUCACCUUCUCUUCCAGACCCAUUCCUUAGCCUUAGGAAAGCUCAGGACCUCAUAUCAGGGUGGGUCCAUAGAACCUGAUACUUAAUGGAGGAGGAAAGGAAGUGCCUGGAUGGUGUUUGUUGGGAGAAGGCAGUACAAUGCCAUCUCUAGGUGAGUGGAGUAGCUGGCUUGCCAUCUCAUCCAUCCACUGGGAUCCUGAACAGGAGCUAGGCUAGCAGGUGGAGAAACGAGCCAGAACUCCCUGUCUAAAAAGGGCUUAGAGCUUUGUGCUGUUGCCCAGCAGAGGAAAGCUUGACUAAGGGGGUGACUGAAUGGGCUCACCUGGGCUGGGGCAGGCGACUACCUGUUCUCGAUCCCGUUGUUUCUGCUUGCCUACCAGUCAGGCUGCUGGGAAUGGAGAUGGGAAACAGUUGAGUAGAACGUGAAUUGGGUAGAGAGAAAGAAAACCCGACCCUGAGCUCCGGAGUUACAGGGAAGUACCAGCAUCCUAAAAUGGAAGUUGAGCUGGAAAACACCACCUGACUCCUUCUGUGGACUAGCUGUGUGGGGGUGUCAGCCCUGCCCCUUCUCUACCAUGUGACCCUAUCAUGAUUUUCGAUGUCUGAGGUAGCAGCUGGGGAGCCAGGUGCAUUCAGGGCCAGCAGGGUGGACGGAACAGGGGAUCCGCAUGCAGUGAUGGAAGGCUGCUGUCAUGGUGUACCCCCUUGCCUCAUAGUCAAUAUAUAUGUAUGUAUAUUUUUUUUUUCUGGAGAGUCACCAGUGACCCAAGCUCUCCUUGCCAGCCUCCUGUGUCUCACCAGGUCCCUUCUCAGUACUGUAUUGGCUCAGUGCUUCAGGAGUGUGUGUGUGGGAGUGUGCGUGGGUGUGUGUGGGUGUGAGUGGGUGUGUACGUACCAAUAAACAACCUGGUUUUAAGACAAAGUACAAA